AGACCUGAUCUAAAUAAUGCAGUUAAGCCCGACCGCAAGGAACCUGCCGCAAGGAAAAUGAUAAGAACAAGUAUUAUUGGGGACUUGUUGUCAUUGUUGUUCUACUUUUUGUGGUGUUGCAUUAUUUUUGGAAAAAGAACUCCUCCAUGUCCAUUGUGCCCAUGCCACAGCAGGACAUAGAACUAAGCAACAGCCCAUCAGCAGGCACACCUUCAUCAAAAGCAGAGAAAAACAAACAUAUUGUAAUAAUUUAUGCAAACUGUAAGGAAACUACAAGAAAAUUGAUUGGUAAACUGAUAAAGGGUUUUGAAUCUACUCUCAAAGACUGCACUGUAUCUGACUACACGAAGAUUGGAAGCUUACUUGAGCGAGAUAUACAUUGGCUUUACACGGGCAAUACGUUUGAUAAGGCGAUGGUGCUUCUCUCUCCAGAAGUAUCAUCUUUACUGCAAUGUAAUGCAGAAAACAUUGCUCACGAUUUUUAUAGCAGGUUUGUGUAUCACUUCUUCACAAAAUACUUGCUAGAUCCUCACUCCAAAGACAAAAUUAUAUUUAUCAGUUUUGAAAAAGAACCUUGCUUGGAUUUAAACUUUUGUUCCUUCUCUACUGUUUAUGCUCUACCAACAAAGCUGAGAGAUCUUCUACAACUUUUUGACUUGAAAGGUGAUGAUAGUGUAAUAAAAGAGUUUGAAUCAAACUUACGCUAGAAAGACAACAGAACUUAAGUUGGUCCGCAAUUUAUUUGGAUAUUGCCUAUUGGUGCUAUUGACUAGAAAAUUUUUUUUUAAUAAAAAUCUAAGAGAUUAAUAAGUUAAGUUGUAAGUAUAAAGUAGAAUCUCCUUUUGUAUUAUUUUUUUAGGAUUUAAUUGUUUGUUGAAUCUCAUUUUAAUACUCAUGUAACGAAAAGCGUACCUAUAAUGUAAAACUGGGGUUCCCAGUUGAGUUGUUUGUCUAGAAACAAGAAAUAAAAUUUGUACUUCUACACA